UCUCUCUCUCUCUCUCUCUCUCUCUGAGCUAUACAUACAUAUACACACACAGAUAUAUAGAUUAGAGAGAGAGAUGGGGAGGCAGCCAUGUUGUGAUAAGGUAGGAUUGAAGAAGGGGCCAUGGACAACUGAGGAAGACAAUAAGCUCAUCAACUUUAUCCUCAAAAAUGGUCAAUGUUGUUGGAGAGCUGUUCCUAAACUUGCAGGGCUGUUGAGGUGUGGGAAGAGCUGCAGAUUGAGAUGGACAAACUACCUCAGACCAGAUUUGAAGAGGGGACUUCUGUCGGACCAUGAAGAGAAGAUGGUCAUUGACCUCCAUGCUCAACUAGGCAACAGGUGGUCGAAGAUUGCCUCUUAUUUGCCCGGAAGGACAGACAACGAAAUCAAGAAUCACUGGAACACACAUAUUAAGAAGAAGCUAAAGAAAAUGGGGAUCGACCCUGUGACCCACAGGCCACUCUGCAGUGCCACCAUUGAUGAUGACAAUAAAGAAACAGCAAAACAAAGAGAAUCAUCAGUACCAGAAACAAUGGAUGAAAGGUGCAGGGAGGUAGUGGUGGAAACUCCUUUGAUGGAUCAGUCAACCAUUACAGAUGCCUUUGAAGAAGACAACAAGAACAUGGAGACAAGCCCAACUCCUCUUGACCCACCGCAAGUCAACAAUGGCUUCUUCUCAUCACCAGAUGAAAUUCUGGCCACUUCUUUAUCAUCAUCAUCAUCCUCUCCUUCAAACAGCCAUGGCGGUUUUGUUUCAUCUGUUGACAACAACAACAACAACAACAACAACGUUGGUAGUCUUCUUGAAGAUUUGGAUUUCUUGCCGGGCUUUGACUGGCAUCAUGACUACAUCAAUGACGUGGGGUUAUGGGUGGAAGAUGAUGAUUACUUCAAAGAAUUAUGCUUUGUUGAUAUGUUUAGUCAUUAGCUUAGUUACUCGAUAGAGGAAAUUAAGUGAUCUCAGAUAAGUAUAUAAUCCAAGAAGCUAAGGUAUAUAUUAAAUUUAUCAUAUUAUUACUUAUUUGUCA